AUGAGCAAAUUAUCAUUUCUCUCAACAACAACAACAACAACUAAUCACUCUCUUUCCUCAAAUACUUUCUUUUUCCCAACAAAAAUCUCCUUCCCCAAACCCAAAAAAUGUACCCGUAAUGUUGUCACAUCAACUUUGCAAACUCCAAACACUUCUAAAAAGAUCGUCGUAAUAAUGGGUGCUACUGGUUGUGGAAAAUCAAAACUCUCAAUCGACCUCGCCACUCGUUUCUUCCCUUCAGAAAUUAUUAACUCCGACAAAAUCCAAGUGUACAAUGGCCUUAACAUCACCACCAACAAAAUCUCAAUCUCUGAACGUCAUGGUGUCCCACACCAUCUCCUCGGUGAAUUCAACGCUACAGAGUCAAAACCCGAGUUUUCUCCCUUUGAUUUUCGGUCAACUGCUUCUUCAAGAAUAGACGAAAUUAUUAAUCGCGGGAAUAUCCCGUUUAUUGUAGGUGGGUCCAACUCGUAUAUUUAUGCUCUGCUAGCAAAGCAAUUUAAUUCUACAUUAGAUGUUUUGGAACCAAGGAAUGAACUUCGUUAUAAUUGUUGUUUUAUUUGGGUAGAUGUCAUGUCGCACGUAUUGGAGAAGUAUUUAGACAAGCGAGUUGACGAAAUGCUUGACUCUGAAAUGUUGGAAGAGCUGGAAAAUUAUUUCAAGAAAGAGGGGUUUUCGGAUUCUGGGUCCGGGUUAACGGGUCGGGUCAGUGGGAUCCGGAAGGCGAUAGGGGUACCGGAAUUCGAGAGAUAUUUUAAAGGGGAAGAAUUGUACGAGGAUGUAGUGAGGGAUAUAAAGGAGAAUACACGUGUACUGGCAGAGAGACAGGUGGCGAAGAUUAAUAGGUUGAGAGAUGCUGGGUGGGACCUACAAAGAGUGGAUGCCACGGAGACGUUUAUGGCGGUGAUGACGUCAGAAUCCGGGAAGAAUACGGCGGUGGUGAAGGAAAUUUGGGAAAAACAGGUGGUGGAACCAAGUGCCAAGAUUGUGAAGAAGUUCUUGUUGGAGCAGGUGACAGGCAGUCAAUUGAGUAAGAGGGCUCAACUAUUGAAAUCGAACUCGUGAUACUGUGACUCAAGUUAUUAUGAGGGAUGAACUAUUGAAGUCGAAUUCGUGAUAUUAUGACUCAAAUUAUUAUGAGGGCUGAACUGUUGAAGUCGAACUCGUGAUACUGUGACUCAAGUUAUUAUGAGGGCUGAACUGUUGAAGUCGAACUCGUGAUACUGUGGCUCAAGUUAUUAUGAGGAAUGAACUAUUGAAGUCAAACUCAUGAUAUUAUGACUGAAAUUAUUAUGAGGGUUGAACUAUUGAAGUCGUACUCGUGAUAUUAUGACUCAAAUUAUUAUGAGGGCUGAACUGUUGAUGUCGAACUCGUGAUACUAUGAUUCAAAUUGUUAUGAUGCGUUAUCAAGUUGUUCCCGCGAAAUAUUUUUGGUUAAUGAAGGACAAAUAGAGAAGUGAAUUGGCGACCAAUUUUGGGUCAAUAGGGCGCCGUUGAUGUGGAUCUGAGCAAGAAAACAGUGUCUUCUAUUUCUCUGGUUUAUGAUGAAUUUAGAAUCACUUAGUAUUUUCAAUUUUAUCCUUUUAUUUUCCAUCAUUGACCCUUACUUAAUGAGUUUUACAUUUGGUUUAUAAGUUAGAUGUAUGUUGUUGUUCAUUUUUGUCUGCAUAAAGAAGAGAGUGGAGAGGGGGUGAUGUGCUGGUUAAUGGGGUAUAAAUUUGGUUUUCUAUGUAAAGCUUAAUGGUUUGUGCU